UAUCUCUUAUGGCUAAAGGAAUCAAGGGAUAUGGGGAAAAAUCAGGAAUGGGGUACUGCUUUAGAUGAUCAGCCAUGAUCAUAUUGAAUGGUGGUGCUGGCCCGAAUGGCCAAAUGGCCUACUGCUGCACCUAAUUUUCUAUGUUUCUCCUAUCCAACAAUGGUCAAUUCUUCAUUUUCCUUGAACUCCAUCUCCUUUGAUAUCUCGUUCAGGGGCGGAUCUACUGUGAAACUGAUGAAGCUUAAGCUUCAGGGCCCCUAAUCCCGGAGGUUCCCCAGAAGCGACUUUAGUCCAGAUAUUCUGAUAAUAUCCUAGUUAAUAAUGGAAUAUUUUAUUAAGUAAAGAUUAAUUUGGGUUUUGGGUUCUGAGUAAAUGAAAGCUUUAAAAUUGGGUUCUGUAGAAGGGCUGGGUAAUCAGUAAAUUGGAGGCCAACAUUCAAACUGCAUCCAAGCUGCUUCCUGUUGUGCCCAAGUAAAAGAUACUGACAAUGGUGAGAAGGUUCUGGCUUGCUUCUGUAAACACAAGCCUUGGGAGCUUGGGAACUUCCUGAGAAUUCUGUAUCCUCGACUAGCAGCAACUUCUGUGGGCAACUGAUAAGGAUCGUUACAUUGUUUAAGAAGGUACUGCAGAUGAUAGACCUUUGACUAACUUCCUGUUAUUUGGGGUUUCGUAACUAAACUUUAAGAUCGAUAUAACCAUAGAAUGAUUGUAUUGUAUUAAUGACAAGCAUGCUUUGAAUGGGUAGAGCUGUGAUUGAUAUGUUAGACGUCAUUGCUGCCAUUCUGUAUGAACAUGUGACUAUGUUUCCAAAACUGUAUAAAAAGAUGCUGUAUGUCUUCAUUCAUUAGAGUGGUGGCCUGGGAGGAGUUAAGCAUCUGCUAUAUGCUUGACUUUGUAUCUCCUAGCACUCUAGUUAAAUGAUCAUUAAAGCUUCUAUUGGUUUUACCCAACUUAUUGUAAAUUGGCUGUUUUAAGAAAAUGAACCUUAACAUUGGCGUAGUCGGCAGGAUUUCGCUGGGACCAUCAACAGACGACUGAGUAAGAGGCCAUAGUUUGUCCGGGAUCUGAUGGGGAGGAUAAAAAGUGCACUAUUUGGACCCCUUGAGACCGACAUCCCGAAGAAGCUCCCGGGAAAACUUGUGUCCUUUGUAGUAGGUUGAUCUGGUGCCCUGCCAAAAUCCUUGAUACAGACAACGAUGGUAGAAAUGACCGCAGAGUCCUAUGAAGAAAUCCUGCAAUGAAGGUGGUAUGAUGAUGGUAUAUUAUUGAUACUGCUCUGGCCAUGGCGGAUAGCGUUAGAACAUUCCUUCUGGAUGUAGUUAAGGGGAUAGGCGAUUCUGUAUUUGGAAUUCGAACAAUCUCCAAGCUCGACGAGCGGAUUCACCAGAAGCGAGAAGAACAAAGAAAGAAGAAGGAACAACGCAGUGCACUGGCACACCGCAGGGCCCAGAGUGAAGAGAAGAAGGAGGAGAAUGAGCCUCGAAUAGCAAACAGGAUUGUGCAAUGCUGUGCCUGGAAUGGAGGGAUAUUCUGGUUGAGUAUCUUUGUCUUUUACCGGGUCUUUAUCCCUCUGCUUCAAGCCAUCACGGCACAUAUUAUUGGUGAUCCAUCAUUACAUGGAGAUGUCUGGUCCUGGUUGGAAUUUAUCCUGAACUCCACCUUCAGUGCUUUGUGGAUAUUGCCUCUCUUUGUCCUCAGUAAAAUUGUGAAUGCCAUCUGGUUUCAGGACAUUGCCGAUCUAGCAUUUAAAGUGUCUGGGAGGAAAGCACAACCCUUCCCCAGCAUCAGUAAGAUUAUCGCGGACAUGCUCUUCAACCUGCUGCUGCAGGCCUUGUUCCUCAUUCAGGGUCUGAUUAUGAGUCAUUUUCCUAUUGAAGUGAUCGGACAGCUAGGUAGCCUGUUCCACAUGUCAAUGCUGUAUUCCCUCUACUGCUUCGAAUACAAGUGGUUCAACAAUGGGGUGGAGAUGCACCAACGCUUGUCAAAUAUUGAAAGGAAUUGGCCCUAUUACUUUGGUUUUGGAUUACCUUUGGCAAUCCUCACUGCUCUGCCCUCAUCCUACGUGAUCAGCGGCUGUUUGUUCUCCAUUCUCUUUCCUCUGUUUAUAAUAAGUGCAAAUGAAGCAAAGGUCCCAGUGAGGUCAUUUCAUUUUCAGCUGCACCUCUUCUCCUUUGUGAUCAUGCUCAGCAACAAACUUUUCCACAAGACAGUUCACAUUCAAACUGCCAUGACAGCAACGGGAUCAUCUGAACACCUGCCAUCUCCUCAUCCGUCCCCCGCCAAACACAGAUCCGCGAUGCAGCAGUAAACGCCAGUUCAGGGCUCCUGGCCUCCUGUCCCUUUUGCACUGGGUACACUCAAAGUUUCAUCUCCUAUUGUAGGCGGGACAGUGUUCCUGGAGAUGAGUAGCCACGUUUCACAUGUGGAAUGUACCCUGCUAUUGCGUCCUGUCCGAACCUGAAUCUGUGCAGAAUUUUCCCUCCUGCCGCGAAGCUGGGAGGUAGAUUUGAACUACCAUCCAAUUUUAAUGAGGUAAAUUUUAUGUGAGAAAGCAUUUUAUAGAUGAUUUAUGAGUGAGACAGAAUUUGCAGCAAAUACUAGCUGACGUGCCUAAAUGUAACAUUUUUGUACACAUUUGUGCCAAGUAAGUGAUUUACAGAAAUACAGUGCUUUGGUUUAUUGUUGUUGGGAGGGAGGGGUGGGAAAUAAAAGGAACUGCGUGUGGGAUUGUGAAAAUGUAACUCUGCUUGUGUCAGUAUUGGUCUCGGUUCAGAUAACCAUCAGGGAUAUCUUAAUGAAACAGUAACGUGUUCUUGCUCAAUAUUAAACCAAUAAUAAUUAUGGUAAGUAUAUUAGUGAUCCUAUUGAAUUAAUGAAGAAGCCUGAUUUGUGUUUAUUCUUUCUUUGAAAAUUGGCUAUUUUGAAGAUGGAGAAUGGUGUACUGUAGUGGACUUUACAAAAUCGUGCUCCGUGACUGAAAUACUUUAACUUAAUGCAAGAUUAUUUCUGUUGGGGUUGCCCAAAAUCUCACCUUGUGGUUAGAAUUGAUGGUGUUCGCACCACUGACAGUUGGAUCUAUAAGAGUCACAUAUAAAGUCCACACUCUCCAGGCACAUGAGUCUAGUUCACUUGCACUAAUCUCUGACUCGGAGUAAAGCUGCUCCAAUGUUGGUCUACCAGGCCAAUGUUGGUCUGUUGCUCUUCUGCUGAACUCUUUGCCACAGUGGGUGUUUCAUGUAAAGUCGAUUGCAAAGUGAUCCAAAAAUUAUUUGAUAGUAACCACAAAGUAUGGGGAACCCGGACUUCUGCACCAGUAAUGUUCAUUGCAAGUGAUCCUGAUGGUCAGUCAGUCAGUCAAGAUUGUUGUCGUAAGUCUAUUGAGAGAACCCGUUCUAAUUUACAAAGUAAUGCUAUUUGUGUUUUAGGGGUAAAUUGAAUAAACAGUUAGUUUAAAUUGUCUAGCAUGUAUGUAAAUUUCAUUGACUUCAUAGAAUAGUUGCACAGAAUGUAAUCCAUUGGCCCAUCGAGUCUAUUUAAUGUUGACCCGUUUUGUGUUUGAAGUGUGCAAAUUGUAUGAGAUUCUGGUAACUGAAAGAUCAGGUGCCACCUUCUCCCAAUCAAUCAUCCAUGUGGUAAGAUCAUGCUGUAUAAAUAUUAAGGUUUAGAACACUUUUGUGCUUUUUGACAUUUUUCCCCUGGAUUUUGCCGUUGUCCAGUGACCUCUUGCUUCCCAGCCAACAGAUAGUUGUUUGAAUCAGGCUAAGAUAUUUCAAUAAUAAUGGUUUUCCUUUCGCUUGAUUUUGAGGUGUAGCCAAUUAAAAAAAAUAAUAAUAAUAAAUAAAUAAAAGAUCAAAAGAGCAAGUACAACUGCAGGAAAAAAUGCCAGUUAGCAGUCACGAUGACCAUUGGGCACAUAUCACACUUCAUCGAUUAGGAGUAUCUUUAUGAGUGAGAGGAGAGAACAGGAAAUUGUUUUUUGCUGUCCUCAGUGCAAUUUGGCACCAGUGAGUGAGAGGGUGCAUAGUUUACCAAAAAUGUGAGACGGGUCAAAGAAAUAAUUGUGGUCGUGUAUGUAAGACUUACCGCUUGCAGACAGUUGUUGAGUGGGUGAUGCACUGUCACAGUUAACAGGCAAAGGACAACACAAUGCAGUAGAUGAUUAUUUCACUUUAAGUGUGUAUGGUGGCCCGGGGCACUGUGGUUGCACAGAGACCCUCUCACUGUCGGCUAAGUAAAAUAUACCACUUUUGAGUAAACUUGACACCAGUACUAACUACAUUUAUGAAUCAUGAAGACUAUUCACCCAUGUAGAACAACACUAAAAGUUUCUGCUUGUACUGCUCUUUCACAAACUGUUACAGGGUUCUUGCUCAUUUGUUGGCUAAUCCAGUAUGAAGCAUAAUUUCUUGGAAUGAGUCCCACGUUUUGCCACUUUCUAGCAUGUGUCUUGUCGGAGAUUGUAGUUGAUGUUUGGCCCAGGUCUCUGUUAUACGUGAAUUCUCCUCUUAAAUGAAAAAGCCUUUCCAUCUCACCUUCCUCUCUGAGCAUCUUGUCACUUUCGAUGCUCCUGGAGCUUCUCUGACUGAACAGAAAUUAUAAUUAUGGACUAGGAUAACUAAUCCAUGCGGUGUGGCUCACAGGGUAAUAAUGUAAACUCAUCUCAUCUAGUUGACAAGAGAUGCUUUCAAAUCUCAAUCUUAGAACAUGCACAAGUUAAAAGUAUUUUGUGUGCCUCCUAAAGAAUUUAAAUUCUGUAGGGGUGGCGCAGUGGUAAAGUUGCUGCCUUACAGCGCCAGAGACUGGAUUGGAUUGUGACUAAGGGUGCUGCCUGUACGUAGUUUGCAUGAUUUCCCUGUGACUGCAUGGAUUUUCUCUGGGUGCUCCAGUUUCCUCCCACACUCCAAAGCCGUACAGGUUUGUAGGUUAAUUGGCUUUGGUAAAAGUGUAAGUCCUGGUGUGUAGGAUAGUGUUAGUGUAAGGGAUGAUUGUUGGUCGGUGUGGGUUUGUUGGGAUGAAGGGCCUAUUUCUGCACAGUAUCCCCCUUUCGAAAGUCUAAAUUUCAAUUUUAUGAUCUACCUUCAUCAAAAACAUUGGCUAGCCUCUGACCUGACUGAUGAUCACAAGAGAUAUUGGAUGAAAGUUAGAAACAAAUUUGGGAAUGAUUAGGAUUUUCCUUCCCGCUGCUCUGAGAUUGGAUCCAGCAACAGCACAAACGGUUCUGCCAGUUGUAUGUGCACUGUGGAAGGAGAAACCUAGAUGUGGAAGAGAUCAUUGGUAUUUUGCAAGGCUGAGAUGCUAUGUAGAACCUGUUCUCGGCAUGUGUGCUAGUAAGUAAUAUGAAGACCAAUGUGUCUAGUGAGCACAAUAGCACUAAGUGUUCCAUUUUGUAAAGAAAGUUUUGAACUGAGUGAACCACUGAGCAGAGGUACAUUCGAGGCCAGCAUGGGGUAUGUUGGUUAUUUUGCAUUGUUUAUUUGAGCUGUGUUCACCAAGCUGAUUGCUGAAUGUAGUUAUUAGCAAGUAUUCUUGACCAUGAACGUGUAAAAGCUAGGAUAUGUAAAAGCAACCUUGAGUGCAAACUGAGGCGAAGGCCAGGUUAGUAUAAGGACCACUCUCUCCUCUUUGCAUUCUCGCUCGUUCAUCCUUUUUCUCCCUUGCUCCGUCCUUCACCUUGCCAUGCUGAUUUUUCUCCAUUGCUGACAUAAGAGGUCUAUAGAGUAGACCUCUUAAUGACAUUCUACAGCAUGAUCCACCCCAGAGGAUUAUAUGUAAGCUACUUAAAUCCCUCACUUAAGAUUCCAGCCUGUAACUUAGUUAUUCUUAGUUAUUAUUCAAUAUUUAAUUAACAGAACUGAUCCACAGAAGACUGCCCCGGUGUGAUUAGUGUAUCUUUGAUUAACAGCAGCUCCAAGCAAAGUUAGUUUGGUUUUGAUUUGCUAACUACGAUUUGCAUAUGGAUGCUUUUAUUUACAGAGACCAUGUGUACUCAGCUAAGCAUUUAAUUUAUGGAUCGCUUCAGUGUUACAAAACUGCUGCCUGCUUACAUUGACUGGAAAAGACCCUUGGAGUUCUAUAUGAUUACUGACAUCCUUAAAGGUGUCUGAGCAGAUAGAAGUUAGCAUUUUUAAAACUCUACAAUUCAUUGUUCUUUCAUGCAAGGCAUGAGAUGCAAUGAACAAAGCAAGUUGCAUCUAUGAUCUUGCUUGGAUCACUGUCAGGUGAACUCGGAUGAUAUACCGUUUAAUGGAUCUUCAGGGUCAAUAGUAUGCUAAUUAAGUCGAAAUGUGGUAGAAUUAUACUGUACUUUGAUACUAUGAUGAGAAAUGAGCAAACAGAAGAGUGGGCUCUCUUGGGGGAAAAAUAAUUCAUGGUGUAAUUAAACACUAACAACUUGUUUUAAAAAUGCUUGAACUGAAAACGAUAAUAAAAACUGUACAUGGUGGAAAUCUGAAAUAAAAACAGAAAAUACUAAAAUCACGGAGAUCGGGCAGCAUCUGUGGAAGGGGUAGUUGUUGACAUUUCAGGCCAACAACUCUUUCGGAUCUGGGAACGGAGAUAAUUUUAAGUUGCUAGGAAUGUUGGGGGUGGGGGAGGGGGGUGGAUAGGACGAUGGUAAUAUCAGUGAUGGGGUGAGGCCAGGGUUAUUGUAGGAUGAGUUGUAGGGGUCAGGGGUUAAAGGGGUGUGGGGCAGGAUAGAGGGUGAUUCUACAAGGCAGAAUACAGUAUUCUGUUGCUAAUAGCGUAGCUGUGGGACAUGCCAGGCAAGUCAGACUGUAUUAUGGAUAGAGGGUACCUCCAAUUUCCAGUUCUGAUAUACGUGUCAUGUCUUCGACCUGAAAUGUUAAGUCGGAAGCUCUGAAAGCCUUACUAAUGCUCUGAAAUUGUUCACUGCUCAGUUGUGAUGGCACACACAGUUCCCUAGAACUACACAGCGACACUGCAGUUUCAAAACUUGCCAGCUGACGAAAGAGGAAGGGCUCACUGGCACUUUAAAGAUUGAAAGUGAGCGCCACCAUAACUAGGUGAAGGAACUGUGGAAAGCUGUUGGUCCUAUUCUCCAGCCCACACACACACCAGGUUGCUCCGAGCGAGUGGUGUUGAUGGCAUUUGUUGUCACAGCAUUCCCUUACAUUAGUUGCGCAGUGAUCACACUUAGAACCACCCUUUCUGUUCAAAAGCAGAGCAUUAAUGGUGGCGGUUUCCCCUGCCUCAAGGUUGCUGCAUGUGCCUCACAGCAUGACAACUUCUGACACGAUUUAUUGCACAUAACUUGUAUUUUUGUUUGUAUUAUGUAUCAUGGGGUUUGUCAUGCAAUUGAAACGCCAUCUCUGAUUGUGAAUUGUUAAACGGUGAGGGUCAGGUAAUUGAUGGGUUACUAAUACCCUUUUAUAUCUGUUAUUAAAAUGUAUGUUUCAACUUCCAUCCAUGAAGCUAAAUGCAGGAAACAUAGAAAAGGUCUAAAUGUCUCAGUUCAGAUUGUCAUCCCACCACUCACUCACUCACUCACUCACUCACACACCACAGGGCUCUGCUGGGUGAUGCAUCUGUUUUGUUUCUGAUUGCAACUCUGAAAUGAGACUGUUGCUGCACUGACUGAUCAAAUCUAGCAGCAGCUGAAUUACUGAGCGAUGGACACGGCUAAUGUUCCAUUUGUUUACCCAACCCCGUGCUCGUGAUGGGUUAUGGCAGGCAAGGAUAUUGAGGCUGGUCCGAAGCUGCAGAAUUAAUGCUAUAUAACACUUUGGGAAGUGGGAGGCGGGAGAUAAAGAGUAGUUGUCGGGGUCAGGACACCGAGUCUCUUCCCAACGUCCAUCACCUCCAGCAGUGAUCACUGAGCCUGAAGAACGAUCCUGAUCCAAAACCUCACCUAUACAUGUUCUCCAGAGAUGCUGCCUGACCCGCUGAAUUACCCCAGCACUUUGUUUCAUUUUUUGUAAACCAGCAGCUGCAGUUCCUUGUUUCGACCGAACACUUGUAUCCUUGGCUCAGUGCAGGUCUGGCUGCUGGCAGAACUAUCUCCCAAAUUGGCUUUGCUUUACAAUGUGAACAUACUGACUAUUUGGGAGGGGAGUGGGGGAGAGGCUUCCUCUUCUUCAACCAUCCUCUAUGGUAAGACCGCUCCCAUUACAAACCAAAAAAGUGAUAUGAAGUAUGUGUGCUGAAGGUCUGACUCCUAAUGGGUUCUUGGCAAAUUGCUUAUACUCCUUUAUGUGAAGGGCAACAUUAAAUUUUAUUUCUAAUGUACAUUUUUCUAAUGUACAUUUUUAAGCAUCAUAAAGCAUGUUGCUUUCAAACUGCAGGAAGCUCGAGCUGGUCAACUUUUAAAGAAAAAAAAACAUGUCUUAAUGUGCUAUGUUUUGUGAACCUGUACAAAGUUUUAAAAGUUGUUUUAAUUGUACGCUUUUGUAACCAGGAUAAAUUCUCAGCCCCUGUCUGACUGAGGAUAUUACAUAAACAUCAUAGUUUAUUUGUCAACGUAUGUACCACUUGAAUGUGGAAAUAAAGACAUUUAUACCAA